GUCUCGUGGUGCAGCCAAGAAGACAGCCCUGACUCUGCUGCUCCUUCUCCUGCAGCCGGAACCCUGAUGGCCAUUGUGAGCAAGCAGAAGUUUGAUGGCUCGUGGGCUCUCGAGGACAUGGCAGAGCUGUGCGGCAUCGUGUGCACAGUGCUCAAGGAGAGGAGUCCAGCCAAGACGGAGGCGGCAUGGGCGACGGCCCUGGCGCUGGCCCUGUUGGAGGAGAAGCAUGUGGCGGCGCAGGACCAGUGGAGUCUCCUGGCCGUGAAGGCGCGGGCCUUCCUCUCGGGCUGCCAGGAGGACGUGCAGGCGCUCGCUGAGGCCGCCCGUGCACUGCUGAAGGAGCGCCCUUAAGCCCAGUCUCCCCCUGUCCUCUCUCCUUCUUUCUCUUCCUCCCCCUCCACCCCACCCUCUGCUUUGGGAGGGGAGAUAGGAGCAGAUCCUCCCAGUUAGAUACAGUACUUUUUUUACGGAGCAUAUUAUGUUUUUUUUUCCUGAUAUUUAAGCUGAGGUCACCCCUCAGACUGUUCGAGGGCCGCCUCCCACUUUGGUUGCCUUAUUGAUACACUUCCUCGCAGGUUGACAUGUCCAGCCUGUUUCUUAAAAUCCUAAAGUGUACCAAGUUGAUAGUCUUCAACAAAUUUUCUAAGACAUUGCAGACUACAGAUCAGUUAGAGCCUGCAAAGAAAAGAAAAGGUUCUAGCCAAGAGUGUCAAGACCUGAAUCUGGUUCCGGAAGCAGGCGAGGCAAGUGGAACCGCAGAUUUAUGUAUUGAUAGAGAGAGCCACAGUAGAUUUCAGAUAGUUGUUUUAUAAUUAUUAAGAAAAAAAAAUGAAAAUAAAAAGCUUAAUUAUAAAAGAAGAAAUCUGGAUGAACCACCUUGAGUAUUGUACUUACCUAUUACUAUUAAGGAAAUUAAUUAUCUCUUUGAAGUGAAUCAGUAUUUUACUUCAUGAUUGUCAUUUUAUUGUUUGUUUCUGAUAACAUUUCUCAGGUGAUGCUGACAUCAGUAUAAUUUCAACAUGCCAGCUCUUAUUUGUGUAUUUUGUGUGCAACAAAGACUUUGUUUUGCAUUAUCAGACACUGCACCCAUAGCUUUGGGCUUCAGGGUAGCCAAUUUUCAUAAACAAAUUGAUUUUAAGUACUGAAUAAAGGUCUGUCAGAGUAG